AUGUAUGGAGAAUGUUCGAGCAAGAACUUCUAUAAAACUGGUUUCUUCAGAAAAAAAGCAAGGAAAUUAAUGGAAAAAACUAGUUUUAAAGACAGAACUAUAUAUUCUAAGAAUUCCAUGGCCAUUCAUCAGCAAAAAGAGACAAUUAAAUUCGAUAAGGCAAUUUAUGUAAGAUUUGCAAUUUUAGACGUUUCGAAAACAUUUAUGUAUGACUUCCAUUAUAAUGUCAUGAAGAAAAGGUAUGGUACUAAAAUUAGUUCUUUAUAUUCGGAUACUGAUUCCCUAAUAUAUGCUAUCCAAACAACAAUUUUUUUUGACGAUUUAAAAAAUAGUUUAUUACCAUAUUUUGAUACAUCUAAUUAUCCUAAAGACCAUUGUUGUUUUAGUGAAAUUCAUAAGAAUCAACCAGGGUUUUUUAAGGACGAAAUGAAAUCAAUUAUAAUUAAAAAAUUCGUAUCAUUAAGACCGAAAUUAUAUGCCUAUAAAACUGUAGAUGGUACUGAACAAAAAAAAAAGGCAAAAGGUGUAAAGAAAUAUAUAAUUAAAAAUCACAUGCAAUUUAAUAAUUAUAUGGAUAUACUAAACGCUUUUAUAAACCAUAGAACUCUCAAGGAUGAACAAACUCAUAGAAAAAUGAAUUUUAUCCAAUCAAAUAAACAUGUUGUUCAUUCGAAAACAAUGAACAAACUUGUUCUAAGUGCAAACGAUGAUAAACGUUAUAUAAUGGAUGACGGAAUAAAUACUUUAGCUUAUGGUCACUAUAAACUUAAUGGUUUAUUAUAA